GGGCGGCGGCGGCCCCUCUGUGGUUACGGCUAUCGCCAUCAUGGCCCUCUACUCUGUAGUGUGCGUCGUGGGGCUUUUCGGCAACUUCUUGGUCAUGUACGUCAUCAUCAGAUACACAAAAAUGAAGACUGCCACCAAUAUCUAUAUUUUCAAUCUUGCAUUGGCAGAUGCACUAGCAACAAGUACUUUGCCAUUCCAGAGUGUGAAUUACUUGAUGGGAACAUGGCCAUUUGGUACGAUCCUUUGUAAGAUUGUUAUAUCCAUAGACUACUACAAUAUGUUCACCAGUAUCUUUACGCUCUGCACGAUGAGUGUGGAUCGCUACGUAGCUGUUUGCCACCCAGUCAAGGCCCUUGAUUUCCGUACCCCCAGAAAUGCCAAAAUUGUCAAUAUCUGCAACUGGAUUCUUUCUUCUGCCAUUGGUCUCCCAGUUAUGUUUAUGGCAACAACUAAAUACAGGCAUGGCUCUAUUGACUGCACGCUUACAUUCUCUCACCCUGCUUGGUACUGGGAAAACCUCCUGAAAAUCUGUGUGUUCAUCUUUGCCUUCAUCAUGCCAGUCCUGAUCAUUACUGUGUGCUAUGGGCUGAUGAUUUUACGCCUAAAGAGUGUCCGCAUGUUAUCUGGCUCUAAAGAGAAGGACAGGAACCUGCGGAGGAUCACAAGGAUGGUUCUUGUAGUGGUGGCAGUGUUCAUCAUCUGCUGGACUCCUAUCCACAUUUAUGUCAUCAUUAAAGCCCUGGUCAACAUCCCAGAAACUACUUUCCAGACUGUGUCCUGGCACUUUUGUAUUGCUCUAGGGUAUAUAAAUAGCUGCCUCAAUCCAGUCCUGUAUGCAUUUCUAGAUGAGAAUUUCAAAAGGUGUUUCAGAGAGUUCUGCAUCCCCACCUCCUCAACCAUUGAGCAGCAAAACUCCACAAGGGUCCGACAAAAUACUCGUGACCAUGCUUCCACUGCCAACACUGUGGACAGGACUAACCAUCAGUUGGAACUCCAAGAAGCUGAAACCACUCCACUGCCGUGACAGGGUCUGCUGCAGUAUAGCUCUCAAAGCAAUUACAAACCAGUGUUUCUGUGCAGUCCGCUAUGGGAAGGUAUAGGAUACGCUUUCCCUCAAAAAAGAAAUAAAAACAAUGAUAAAAGAAUUAACAUAGAGGAAAGUGCCUGCUUUUCCAGUCUGUCAAAAACUGCUUCUGCAGCACUUCUACAUUGCUCGUAACAGAAGCAUGAAACUCAGUGGCAAGCAGAGCCAAGAGGUAUGGGGGCUUUCCAAGCUCCAUUGUUCAAAACAGUCAUAUUAACCAGGAAUACGUCUGUUAAUCUAAAAGCAAAGCUAUCUGAUAUGCUCUGGCAAGUUACAAUGGCAUUAAACAGGUCGGAUACAAAAGUUCAAAAGACAGACAACUUUUGGAAAAAAAAGUUGUCAAACUUUUAAGGAGAGAAUAUAAUGGGAAAUGAAGUUGGGUACUUGAUUUACACAUAAAAAUUUUUUCUAGAGGUGUUUUCUAUGUAGGUUGUUUGUGUGCCAAAGUCUCACAGGAUCAUCUAGAACAACACGUCGGAAAUUCAGGAGUUCUUCACUUAUAAAGAUUGCAUGUUCCAUAAAUUCAAAGGGAAAAUAUUUCCUUCAGUGAUCAUUUACAAGAAAAAAAAAAACUACCUUUCUCUUCUACUUCUCACAUAAGAACUAGACUUUUAUAAUCAAAACGAUGAGGUAUCGGUUCACCUAAUAGAGUAAAUGAAAGUAUCCCAUGCUGUUAUUGGUAGAAUUAUCCCCAAAAAAGCAUUGACUCUAUUAUUGUAAACUCCAGUGCAAAUAGAUGUACAGCCACAAGCUUGUCAGAGCUGGCACAGGCAACCAAUGAAUUCUCUUUAGAUUCCCAAAUUUCAACUGCCCCGUCAGCAAUAUCUCAAACUUGGAAGUCAACAACAGUCCCUGUGUGAAGCGUUUGGAAGAGUUAGGACAUCAGAGCUGCUUUAAAAAAAAAGAGUUACAUUUUGAUAGAAAUAAUUUUUUUCUUAACCAAACACAUAUAUUUGUUUUUAUAACUAACUUAAUAGAGUCUGCAUUUCCAUUUUGUGUUACCUAGUAAAACACAUGAAGAUUUAUGAAAGAAACAUCAUACUGAAGUAAAUAUCGUCCUAGUAAAUGUCAUCCUAUCUGGUUUUUUAGUAUGGAAAAUAGAGAUAUCCAUGUAGAUAACUUGUGGUGCAAUAGUAUUUCCUAGCCAUUGUUUGUUACUUGCUUUGUAAAUAAACCAUCAGUAGUUAAGUGGGGGGUGGGGCAGUAUACUUAAGUGUACUCUAAAAUACAACUCUAUGGAACAGGGUUUUCUUCUUUUUAUUUCUUAUUUAUUUCUUACUUUCACUGUUAAAAUCUGUGUAAUGGAAUAUGCUUUUAGUGUGAAAUCAUUUGUCUCUACCUUGGACUAUGUAAUAAAGACUGAAGGCGAAAUCCUUGUGAGUUGUAAAUUGAAGUAAUACUACUCUUGUCUCAUUAGUGUGAUCUGGCUAAAUAUGUAUAUCAGCAUAAUAUGAAACUAGACAUAGCAGAAGUGCCUUUUUUCCAUUUUCUGUUGAAAAUUUUGCCAUGCUGUCAUAGAGAUUCCAUAUUUAAUUUUGUAUUAGUCUAACAAGAUUUCCUCAUGGUCAUUAUUAAAGUUUAAACCAGAUCUGUCAUCAUCUAACUUUAAAAAAGCAUGGGAUAGGAACUUGAAAAAAAAUUGGAUGUGUUCUUUUGCACUACACAGCAGUAUUAUUUAACUAAUAAGAACAUAAACUGAAGAAGAGAUGCAGAUUAAUUAGAACUGUCCAACAGCACUGAUUCUAGCAAGAUCUGAACAGUCUAUCAUGCUAACAUACAGUAAGCUGAAAUACAGUGAACAAGUAUUGGAAAAGCCUUUAGCAGUAAAUCAGGAAGAAAACUAAGGUCAUAGUUUAAUGUCUAGUUUGAAGUACCUUAGCUGUUACAGAAUUUGCAUAAUGAGCUGAAAACAUUUCUGUAUUAGGAAUGUAACAGCUCAUGGGUAAAAUCCCUUGACUUGCCAAAAGCCUAAAAUUUGAAAAGAUAUUUUAGGUUCUACAGUCCAAUAAUUAAUUGAGCAACCUGACUGUAAAUAUUUUUAGUAGGAAUAAUGUUGUUGUAGGCAUAAUGGUCUAAGGAUAUGAGGAAGCAAAUUUUAUUAGCAGAACAUUAGCAAAAAUAAGUUAAAUGCCCUGUUUAUUUAUCAAAAGACAUGGAUGUUCGCUGGCAGUGCUGUGGAGAAAGUAUCAAGUUGUUACGCAAUCUGUGUAUCUUCAUUGUAAUCCUUUAAUAAAAAUGCUUGUGUUUCUUGUGUAC